AGCUAGCGAUAUUCGCAUUUGGCCAACUGAACAGAAACGGAGGAAGCAGAAGCGUACAACGAAAUAAAUUUCUCUUGUAUUAUUUUCGUAAGCGCGGAUCUUCCAAAAAAAAAAAUUUACUGCUUUAAAAAAGUACGAACUUCACUCCAUUGCAAACACAAAAGAAACUGCAAGCUCCACUGAUUUUUACAAGGGAUUAAAAAGAAAAGAAGUCAUUGGUGAAACAUCUACAUAGAGUGCAUUUUUGAUACAAGACAAAAUGAUCGUACCAGCAACAGUAAAUUUUCUAAAAUCAAAAUGGCGUCUCUUCAUUUCUGCUCAUCCUCUGGCCAAAGGUGUUAUCGCUUAUUCCAUUGUUUGGCCGACGAGUAGCUUCAUGCAGCAAACGCUUGAAGGCAGACAGCUGAAGGACUACGAUUGGAUGCGCAUUCUGCGUUUCGGACUUUUCGGUGGUCUUUAUGUGGCACCCACUUUAUAUGGAUGGUUGCGUGUGGCCUCAACAAUGUGGCCACAAACGAACUUACGCGUUGGAGCACUCAAGGCCAUUGUCGAACAAAUUUCCUACGCACCAUUCGCCAGUACCAGCUUCUACUUCGGCAUGUCGCUGCUGGAGGGCAAAGGUUUCGAUGCUGCCGUUGCAGAGGUCAAAGACAAAUUUCCAAAAACUGUAAAAAUUGCCAUUUUCAUCAUUCCAGUCCUACAGACAAUUAACUUCGGCUUGAUUCCUGAACCAAAUAGAAUAUUAUUUGUGAGUUUCUGCAGUCUCUUCUGGAUUACCUUCUUGGCGCAUAUGCAAAAGAAUGGUAAUAACCAAGCGCAGGAGCAACCAAUGCAGAAACAACAAUUGAAACAAUUCCAGCAUCAUUUGCCUGUACCUAAGAACGAGAGUUUGGUGCCAAAGGUACGAAACGCCUUGGCGCUGUAAUGACUGAACUAGAGAGUACCAAAUUGCACAUAUUUUUUUUUUUAGUUUGUAAACAAAAUACGUGAUACGCUUAUUAGCUUAAUUACUACUUAAUUACAUAUACUUAUAUAAUGGUUGUACUUACUUACUUACUUACUUACUUACUACAUACAUACCUACAUAUAUCCUGGGAUUUUAAAUAACUGUUUGUAUAUAGCAUGUAUGUCCAUAUAUGUAAAUAAUAUUUAUUUCCUUCGAAGACUUAAUAAAUAUAAUUGUUUAGUUUAUAAAAAAAAA